AGUGGGUCCAAAACAGUCGCUCGAAUGCGAUCGCAAAUCGACACCAAAAUUGAGUGCAAUUCUGAACUGAAAUACAAUUGAAUUGUGUUUUCAUUGUUUGAUUCAAAACUCAAUUAAAACUCGAGUUUUUAAUUGCGAUUUUAAUCGACAAUUAAGUACACAAUCGUUGCGUUUGUGUUGUGUUUUGCGGUCACUAUUUGUCGCCAAUAUUGAAUCACAAGACACCUAAAGACUGUAUUAAUACUCAUCGGUGGAUCAGUUGUUUCGGUGACCACAAUGUCUUCGCAGACCAUAACCACAAUGUCUUCGUUUGAGACUAAUCUGAGUCCAAACUUAACUCAGAUGAGUGAAAACGAGUCCAAAGUCAUGAUAAUUGAGCGCAUAAUAGCUAUCCUAUCUGAGAACAAACUCAAGUCUUGGUUCGAUGUCGGCAUUCGUGACGAGUAUCAGAGCCGAUACGGCCGCCCACUGCCCGACAACUGGAUCCAAGUGUUGCAGGACUGCGGCCGCGAUGUCAUCGAUAUCUCAGUUAUCAACUGCUCUAACGUGACGAAGACGUUGAUCGCAUUGCCGAUCCGAUCGGUGCGCAAGUCUACCGACGCGUCGACACCGAUGGACGUGUCGUCGCCAACGAAGCCCAUGAAUAUGGCAGCCGCGAAGACCGCCGCCUCUGCCACGAGCCGACCGAACGGCGCCCAACGGACCGAACAAAUAGUUGUGCCAAACGUCGCGAAGACAACACCAAAUCGUAUUCAAUACGAUCCAAAACCGGUGCCACAAAUGGGACGAAACGGCGCGUCAAACGCGAACCAAAGAGCGGCGGCCGUCGACGCAGCGCUUCCGCCGCAGCGCUCGACACCGUCUGUCCGGUCGGAGGAUAUGCUGAGCGGCGAUCAGCGGCCGAUACCGGCGCCUAUACUGCCGUCAGUGAACCCAAAGCCCGUCCAGAACGAGGACUUCUUCGAUCUCGUUGUCCUAUUGGUGGCCACACCUAAAAACUUCAUAGUCGUCCCCUUCGACAACGUGGCCGUCGGAUCCGCUUUCUUACGUCUGAAGCAAUCGAUGCAAGAGUUUUACGAGACGGACGACAAUCGCAUAGAGCUGUCGCCGGCGCUCGUCCACAACGGUCUAUACGUGGCCGGCAAAGCACGGGACACGUGGUAUCGCAUGCAAGUGCGGAACGUCUGUCGCGAUCCCUUCCAAGUGAUUGGCUAUCUAUGCGAUUACGGCGAACAACUGAUCCUCGAUAUCAAAGACAUUCAGCCCCUGUAUAGCCAAUUCCGCGAUCUGCCCGCUCAGGCCAUACGCGCCUCAUUGGCCGAUGUAGAGCCUGUGGGCAGCGAUUGGGAUGUCAUGACUUCGGUUGAGUUCCGCCGUAUGGUCGAGAAGAGGCCAUUCGUCGGCACAGUGUUUGCCAUUAGCCAAGUGGACGGCCAACCAGUGCUCUCCCUAUCCCUGUGCGACACGAGUAAUGCCGAUCAGGACGUGUACGUCGGCGCCGCCCUUAUCGCCAAAGGUCUGGCCAAACCCGUAGUCACCGCUCUUUAGUAUUUCAUAAGACAAGUACCGGUGCUUUCGUGUAGAGAGUGUUUGAGAUAUUGUCGGUGCCAUUGAUUUGCAAUAAUCCCUAAGAAGUGAACAAAUGGUUUCAAACAAUUUGUUUAGUAUUUGUUUGGCGUUAAAGAUCUGAUUGUUUGACACAUUGUUUUCAUUGCUAUAAAUUUGUGAUAAAAUUGUUUUUUUUUCUUAUUUUUAGUUCAAACAAAUUGUUUAUUAAAUAUAAUUAAUAUAUAAAUAUAGAAUUGAAUUUAGAGCUAAUUUAUAUCGAUAUAUAGUAUAAUUGAUGCAAAAUUACAAAUAAUUUGCAUUAUUUUUCUUUCUCUUACUUUUUUGUAUAACUAUUUUGCUCUCAAUUUACGUGCCAUUCAUUUACAGGUAUUUACUGUUUAUUGAUUUGAAUACCUGUCCCCUCCAGACCCCCGCCCUCUCUAUGUCUAUUAUAACCAACUGUUUUAUAAUUAAUAUGCAAUACUUUAUUACAACUUUGUUUUAAAUACUAAUAAUAUUACAAGUUUUCAACGCAUUUCUCUCAUAAAAGCAAAC